AUCCCCUAGAGCUCACUGACAUUUUACACUAAACCUGGCUGUCUGUCUAAAGUAGCCCCUUAUGCUUUUUCAAGAGCUGUCGGGUGACGAUCAAUACGACGAGGAUGGAGUACCUAUCUUGACAGGUGUUGACAAUGACUUGAAUAACAGACACGUAUGCAGACUGAGCAAAAGAAACCACAACGCAAUAAGCGAGGGAGAAUAACGGUAACAUACCAAAAGAAGGAAUGUCACUUAAUAGAAUCCAGCCCUUCCGGGUAUCCGCAUCUCAUCCAACAACCUCUCACCCGUUCCCUCAUGCUCAUGUACUCACUCAGUCUCCACGCCGCCCGCCUCCUCAUCUCAUCUCAUGUCUCGCGCCCAGCCAGUCUCACCUCACCACGACUCGCAUUCCUAACCCCCUCCAUUAGCCUCAUUGGACAAGACUAUUCGAACAAGAUCAAGG